CGCCCUGACGGCUGCGGAGCCCAGAGUUUCCUGCGCCCCCGAGCGCACCGAGAGCCGGAACCUGCAGCUGCGAGAGGCUUCGCGCCCCAGCCGCCCGCACAGAGAGCCGCCAGUGCCGGUUCGCUCCCUCCACCCCCCACCCGGGGUUUGUGAGCAGAUCCCACUAUGAGCUACCCAGGUUAUCCCCCGCCCACAGGCGGCUACCCGCCAGGUGCACCAGGUGGUGGUGCCUGGGGAGGUGCUAGCUACCUUCCACCCAACAUGCCCCCCAUCGGGCUGGAUAAUGUGGCCAACUACGCAGGCCAGUUCAACCAGGACUACCUCUCAGGAAUGGCAAGCAGCAUGGCUGGGACCUUCGGAGGAGCCAAUGUCCCGAACAUGUACCCUGGAGCCCCCAGUGGUGCCUACCCUCCGGUCCCCUCUGGAGGUUUUGGGCAGCCUCCUUCUACACAGCAGCCUGUUCCUCCUUUUGGAAUGUACCCACCCCCUGGAGGAAACCCACCCUCUGGGAUGCCUGCUUAUCCACCAUACCCAGGAGCACCUAUGCCAGGCCAGCCUAUGCCAUCCCCUGGGCAGCAGCCCCCAGGAGCCUACCCUGGGCAGGCACCAAUGCCCUACCCUGGGCAGACACCAAUGCCACCUCCAGCACAGCAGCAGCAGCCGAUGCCAAGCUACCCAGGAUACUCAGGAUCUGGGACCGUCACUCCCGCCGUGGCCCCGACCCAGUUUGGAAAUCGAGGCACCAUCACAGACGCUUCCGGCUUUGACGCCUUGAGAGAUGCUGAGGUCCUUCGGAAAGCUAUGAAAGGAUUCGGGACUGAUGAGCAGGCCAUCAUCGACUGCCUGGGGAGUCGUUCCAACAAGCAGCGGCAGCAGAUCCUCCUGGCCUUCAAGACAGCGUAUGGGAAGGAUUUGAUCAAAGAUCUGAAAUCUGAACUGUCAGGCAACUUUGAGAAGGCAAUCUUGGCUCUCAUGAAGACUCCAGUCCUUUUUGAUGUCUAUGAGAUAAAAGAAGCCAUCAAGGGUGCUGGCACAGAUGAAGCCUGCCUGAUUGAGAUCCUCGCCUCCCGUAGCAACGCACACAUCCGGGAGCUGACUACAGCCUACAAAGCAGAAUUCAAAAAGACCUUGGAGGAGGCCAUUCGGAGCGACACAUCAGGGCAUUUCCAGCGGCUUCUCAUCUCUCUCUGUCAGGGAAACCGGAAUGAAAGCACAAACGUGGACAUGUCACUCGUCCAGAGAGAUGUCCAAGAGCUGUAUGCUGCUGGGGAGAACCGCCUGGGGACAGAUGAGUCCAAAUUCAAUGCAGUUCUGUGCUCCCGGAGCCGGGCCCACCUGGUGGCAGUUUUCAAUGAGUACCAGCGAAUGACAGGCCGUGACAUUGAGAAGAGCAUCUGCCGGGAGAUGUCUGGGGACCUUGAGCAGGGCAUGCUGGCCGUGGUGAAAUGCCUCAAAAAUACCCCUGCCUUCUUUGCUGAAAGACUCAACAGGGCCAUGAGGGGAGCAGGAACAAAGGACCGGACCCUGAUUCGGAUCAUGGUGUCACGCAGUGAGAUCGACCUCCUGGACAUCAGAGCAGAGUACAAACGUCUGUAUGGCAAGUCUCUGUACCAUGACAUCACGGGAGACACUUCAGGGGAUUACCGGAAGAUUCUGCUGAAGAUCUGUGGUGGCAAUGACUGAGUGGUGACCGGUGGCUCACUUCUGCCCACCUUCUGGCAACAGUGAUGCCAAAAGAAUGUCCAUCUAUUUCUUACACAAACUAGCCCCCAAGAUGUCCCAGUGCAGACCUUCUGCAGAGCCUUGACCCUGCACUCUGCCUGUCCCUCCUGAUCCAACCGUCCUGCUCUUGUUGGAAGAUCUGGGUCAUCUUGAACUCACUCAGGAUGCCUUUUCCUCUCUACCCCUCAUCUCCUUUUGCUGCUGCAGUAGACAUUUGAUUUCCUGACUCCUACAGUCAUCCCUUUUGCUUGUAGCUAAGACCUUUGGCUUUACUGUACUCAUGUGAUUUUUGUAUUUUUAUUGUGAGGCACUUUAGUCAUUGCCAGACGGAUGUAUAUGAAUCUGUUUGCUGGAUACACGUUUGGAGUGGGAGAGGUAGGGUGGGACAGCAGUAUGUCCUCAGGAAGGGAUGAAAGACUUUGAAGGGUAAUCUGCAUUUGGUGAAAAUGUUUCAUAAGCUUUGCUAUGGCCAAACUCAACUUCUUUUUAGGAAAUACAUCAGAGUCAUCUGCUCCUUCCUUGCAAACCACCACAACAGUGCCAGCUCCCUGCCAGUGACAGGAUUCCUUGUCCUUUGGAACGUGCCUUAAAUCUGAAUGCCAAUAGCCAAAAGCUUUUUCUAAAUUAAAGCCAGCCAGCUCUGGAACAUUCUGGAAGCA